AUGACCAGCGAUAACGUGCAAGAAUCAAAAGAACAGUCAACAAAGCCGGAUUUCGGAAGAGACUCGCGCGUUUUCGGUUGUGCAACGGGUACUUCCAUUGAAGAAUGUGUCCAGCACGAGAAGCUGUGUUCGUUGGAACAUGUGUUGCGUAUACCUAACCAUCGUUUGCCCCAUUCAGAGUGGCGUAAACAGAGAAGUGGUCAACCCUUGACCUGGCAGAGGAGUAUGAAGGAGAUCAUGAAAUGCUUGGGUGCUGUCAGUGCUACUCACCUUUCAGGAUGGCGACCGCGUGAUCCUCACUGA